UCAUUCCCAUCCCCGCCUUUCCCAUUCUCUACCUUCUCAAGGAUCGCUGACACGCUUAAUCUGCAUCGUUCUUAAUCUGCAUUGUCUUUGUUUAAACAAGCCACUUUUCAUUUGUUUAUGCGUCACGAGGCACCGCCCUCGGCCACGGCACGUGCUCACGUGCCUCGGGCUUUAGUUUAUUCCUUGCUGCCUGUUUCAGUGCCAGAUCUUGUUAAAUUUGAUUAGAUUGGGGGGUGUGUGUGUGUUUUUCCUUUCUAACUGAUGUUCAGUAGCUCUGUAAUCAGCGUAUAUAAUUAAACCCGGAAGUAAAAGUUAGGACCACUCGUGGAUGGAGAUGGCUAUUGGAAUGGAAGGAAAGCAGCUAGCAGUAGAAGCAGCAGCAGCCCGACAAUAAAUGAGCUAUGAGAUUGGAAAGUGUGAGUGCAAAGGGCGAUCGGAGAUGCUCCUUUAGAAUAGCUAGAAAUUAGCCUACAUACAAUAAUAGAUUGAGGUGAGGUUUUGGUUCUUAGUAGGAGAAGAAAAGAGAGAGAUAGAGAAGAAAUGGUGGGCUCGGGACGAGGGGACAGUAGGAGCAAGGAGGCAAUUGGGAUGAUGGCUCUGCAUGAAGCUCUCAGGAACGUCUGCCUCAGCUCGGAUUGGACUUACUCUGUUUUCUGGACUAUACGCCCACGCCCGAGGAGUAGAAGUGGCAAUGUCUGCAAGGUGGUGGGAGACGACAAUGGCAGCCUGAUGUUAAUGUGGGAAGAUGGAUUUUGUCAGACAAGUGCAGCCGGGUGCGUGGACGGGGAGGAUCCUGUGAGGAAGGCCUUCAGCAAAAUGUCCAUUCAACUCUACAACUAUGGAGAAGGCUUGAUGGGGAAGGUUGCUUCUGAUAAGUGUCACAAAUGGGUGUUCAAGGAACCUUCGGAUCAAUGCGAGGCCAGCAUAACCAGCUACUGGCAGAGCUCCUUUGAUGCUCUUCCACCAGAAUGGACCGAUCAAUUUGCCUCUGGCAUUCAGACUAUAGCUGUGAUCCAAGUAGGCCAUGGUCUCCUCCAACUUGGUUCCUGCAAGAUAAUAGCAGAGGACCUGCAUUUCGUGUUGAGAAUGAGGCACAUGUUUGAAUCGCUCGGGCACCAGUCCAGCUUCUUCCUCUCUCAGCUCUACUCCUCCAGGAACAGCAGCGCUACUUCCUCUGUUGCAUUCAAUCAAAUGCCUGCUCCGAAUCCACCGUCGCUCUACAACUGGAGCCACUCUGCCUCUCUGAAUUCUCCCGCAAUUUACCAACCUUCUCCCCAUGGAGGAUUUCCUAACAAUAAGGACGCUACCCGCCUCUUCCUCCCUCGCUCUGCAGGAGCUCAACUGGAAGAGCCGGAUCCAGACCUGCGCUGGCCCAAUGGCCUCUCCUUCUUUUCUGCUCUCACAGGAAGACCAGACGACGCCAAGAUUCUAUUUAACUCCGAGGUGAUGGGAGAGAAGAUUCAGCAUGCUUCUGUGAGCCUUUAUGACAACGGUGAGGAGGGGAAGGGUGUUCUCGAUACUUCAAGUGUCCAUGGCAAUGGAGGUGAGGCUGUGCUUGGUGUGGAUAACACAGAGGACUUCUUGAGUUUGGAGAGCCACUCCAGCAGAACCAGGAAAAUGGAGAAUAUGAUGAACUACUUGAACUAGUUGACUGUUCUGAGAUUGUUUUGUCUCCUGUUACGAUUAAGCCAUCUUAGUUUGAUCAAAUUUGCUCUUCGCUGUCAUCA